AUGGUUACCAGGCGUAAAUUAAGUGUGGCAGAACGAACAAAACUUGUUUGUGACUAUAAAAACUUAAAAAAUUAUAGUGCUGUAGCACGAAUAUAUAAAAUUAGUCCUGAGGAUGUUCGAAAAAUAAUUAAAAAAAGUGAAACUGAAACAACACUCUCGGAUUUACCUCGCUCAGGUCGCCCAAAAGUAACAUCUAGAUUGGAUGAUCGGUUCAUUGUAGGACUUUGCCAGAAGAAUCCUGAAAUAACAAUUGAAGAAAUUCGAGAACAACUUAGGAAUGAGGGUACUGAAGUUUCUGAGAGUACAAUACGAAGACGUAUUCACCAAGCAGGCUUCAAAAGCAUAGUAGCAAAGAAGAAACCAUUACUACGAAACAUCCAUAAAAAAAAGAGACUACAGUUUGCUCUAAAAUGCAUUGAUAAAAAAGUAGAGUUUUAG